AUGGUUAAUUGCGGUAAUAUAUUGCAGGCCAAUAGUAUCCUCAUUGGUUUACAAGGACCUUUCUUAAUGACCUACAAACGUUCUGACACGAGUUGUAUUAAACAACAACUGUCAGGGUCGCUGUUAACGCGUGGUCGUCGUUUCGACGAUAAUACGUUCGUACGUUGCGGUAUUCUGAAAAGUGCAAUGAAACUGGCAUUCGUAACUGGGUCAAACAAAGGCAUUGGAUAUAGCAUUGUUGAAAAGCUUGCAGAAUUUUAUGGAACAUCAGGAGAGUGGGAUAUUUAUCUAACAGCUCGAAAUGCUGAGCUUGGCCAGGAAGCUGUGGAAAAACUCAGUAACAAGGGCCUGGAUGUCAAAUUCCAUCAACUAGAUAUCACUGAUCGAGAUAGUCGAAAAGCGUUCCUAACAUUUGUAGAGAGUAACUAUCCUAAUGGAAUCAACAUUGUAGUGAAUAAUGCUGGAAUUGCCUACAAGGUGAACUCCACGGCUCCCUUUGGUGAGCAAGCACGAGUUACGGUAAACACCAACUUCACAUCAACUAUUGAUUUCACGGAAGAGUUCAUUCCUUUGCUGGCUAAACAUGCUAGGGUUGUCAAUGUAUCUAGUUCUGUUUCUCUAACCAGUCUCAAGAAACUCAGUGAUGGCCUGUACAACAAAUUCGUUAGCCCAAUAAAUCUUUUGGAACUUCGAAAGCUGGUCUCCGAGUUUGUAAAGUCCGCUGAGGAUGGUACUUAUUCUGAAAAAGGAUGGCCACAAAGUGCUUAUGGUGUGUCUAAAAUGGGCCUUACAAAGGCUUCAUUUAUUUUUGGUGAAAUGCUGAAAAAUGACCCGAGAGGAAUUGUGAUAAAUUCGUGUUGUCCUGGUUAUUGCGAUACUGAUAUGACUAGUCACAAGGGAACCAAAAGAGCUGAUGAGGGUGCUGAUACACCUUUUUACUUGGCCACUUUACCUAUUGAAUCAAAGGAACCAAUUAAUCAAUUCGUUUACGAAAGGAAGGUGGUCAAGUGGUCCAAGGGAUCUUCAGGCUAG